CCAUCUUGGCUGUGGAGCGAUGAGCGGGUCGAACCCGAAGGCAGCGAGCGCGGCGCCGGCGGCUGGGCCGGGCGGGCUGGCGGCUGGCAAGGAGGAGAAGAAGAAGGCGGGCGGCGGCGUCCUGAACCGGCUCAAGGCGCGGCGCCAGGCGCCCACACACACGGCCGACGGCGGCCCCGGGGCCGCGGUCACCGAGCAGGAGCUGCUGGCGCUGGACGCGAUCCGCCCCGAGCACGUCCUGCGCCUGGACCGGGUCACCGAGAAUUAUUUAUGUAAGCCUGAAGACAAUGUCUACAGUAUCGAUUUUACACGCUUCAAAAUUCGAGAUCUGGAGACGGGGACGGUGCUCUUUGAGAUCGCCAAGCCUUGCAUCUCAGACCAAGACCAGGGGGCAGAGGAGGAGAGUGUGGACGUGGAUAUCAGCGUAGGGCGCUUUGUCCGCUAUCAGUUCACGCCAGCGUUUCUCCGCCUCCGGACAGUCGGUGCCACGGUAGAGUUCACCGUGGGGGACAGGCCUGUGUCAAACUUCCGGAUGAUUGAGCGGCACUAUUUCCGGGAGCGUUUGUUGAAGAAUUUUGACUUUGAUUUCGGUUUCUGCAUCCCCAGCAGUAGGAACACGUGUGAGCACAUCUACGAGUUCCCGCAGCUCUCUGAGGAUGUCAUUCGUCUGAUGAUCGAAAACCCGUAUGAGACCCGCUCGGACAGCUUCUACUUUGUUGACAACAAGCUGAUAAUGCACAACAAGGCUGACUAUGCCUAUAAUGGAGGCCAGUAACUGCUCCAGGAUUGGACAGCGAAGGUCCUUUGCUGCCACCACGAGGCACUCAGGGGAAUUGCAGCUACUGCUUCUCAGCACCGGAACGUAGUCCAGCGAGCUGCAGCUGGGGUGGUGGCCUGUGCUCCCAGGAGAUGCUGGCCAGCAGUUCCUUUUCCCAGUAUUUUCCUGCCCCCUAGUUCCAAGAGGUAUUAUAGUGAAGUAAAAGAUUAGGAUAAGGUUCCUGGGGCCCAGAUAAAACCAUUUAUUCCUGUGUAGUCUUAGCUAUGCUCUGGUUACCCCGGCAGGCCUGAUGGUUACCAGUCCUUCUGCAGGUUCCUGGGUGCCGUGGGCAGCUGAAAGACCCUCGCUCCCUCCCUCGCCACGGUGUUGCGUUGGCACAGCCUGCCCUCAGCCUGUGCACAGUCUGAAGCUGCCGGGAAUAGACUUGAGAAGAUGGAGGGAGCGAUGGGAGGUGGUACAAGGGUUUUAGGUUACUACUCCUGCCUUCGGGGACCCGCAGCCAGUCCUGGGGAGACCGUGGUCUCAGCCUGGUGGUACCUUCCUGUUCUUACUCUGGAGGCCUGGUGAGCGGAUGUGCUCUGCUCUCCCGGCCAUGACUGCUGCAGUGGACCGUGUCAGUUUUGUUCACGGAACACUUGUCUCUGAGUUCAGUGCAGGGCUGCUGUGCUGUGGGUUCUGUGUUCUCAGACUUGUGGCCCUGUGUCUCACACAGUCAGUGUUCUAGCACCUGCGGUGUGGCUAGAUCUCUGAUAGGGUUGACCUGGCUCACGGUAGGAGAGACAUGCUUGUAGCCCGCUUAAUCCUUCAGGGAGAGAGCCUGCUUGUCUGCACAGUGAGCCUGGAAGACGGGCCUCGGUUGGGAUUUGCCUCUGGAACUCUAGUCUACUGCUCAGGAGUAUCGUCCUGUCUGUUUGCCUCUCUACUGAAGUCGUUCCGUGGAGCCACCUGGCAGAUGCCCUGAGCCGUGCAUAGUCUCAUCUUCCUUCCUUUAAGCCGCUGGUGUUUGUUGGAACGGGCAGCAUCUGCCCAGGUUGCCUGCCAGAGCACUGUGUCGUCAGACAGCUCCCUCUUGUGGGCGUCAGGCUCAGAGCCUCACUGGCUGGCUGCCACCUCUGCGGCUGCCCAGGUCAGGUGUGUGGCUUCAGGACUCCUCUGUGGUGCAGGUCCAUCUAGCAUUGUGGAAGUGUCAUCAGCAAGUGUCACAGGUCACCUGUGAUGAGAGCAGGCUCCCCACGUGCUCUCUGUGUGGUUCUAGAGCGUCAGCACCCUGGAGUGUGGGCGGGGCCUAUGUUCUGACAGCUGCACAUGCUAGCCCUAAUUACCAAUGAUGCUGCACUGGAUCUACCCACUGAGACGGGAGAGCCCAGGUGCCCUCUGGGUUCACCAUUCUAGUGAACCUCGGAGCUGGACCACUCCAAAUCCAGGUGCCUUCAGUGUGCUCUGCCUACUCUGCAGGGGAGCUGCCUGCCAUCGCUCCUCACCUGCAGACAUGAGCGCCUCCUCUUCCUUCUUUUUCUGUGUGGUUCCUCUGCUGGGCUCUGUGGUGGGCUGUGUGUGCUCUUGACAAGCUCGGCUUCGGGGCGCCCCUUGCUCUGAUACAGUCAGGGGAGGAGUGAUUUGGUUUCCAGUAUUUAAAUAAAUACUACCUAGGAUGAGCUGCCUGGAGCUGCCUGGUCUUAGCUCAGUGAAGCCUAGCUAGGGCUGCUCCUGUAUUCUGCUAUGCUGUAGCGCUGCCUUUCUCUUGGAGAGCCCAGAGGAUGGAGGGCCUGGGCACACUGGCUUGAGAAGGGCCAUGAGGUCAUGUUGAGCACUCAGGCCGGGCUCGGUGGUUGUUGGUGGGAUGAUCGGUCCUCUGCUGUGAAGGUCAGUGGUCGCCUCUGCAAGGUCUGCAAGCAUCUUGUUUCUGCCUUUGUACCUGACUUAUGUAAACUGGAAUUCACACUUUGAAAGUAACCAGUGAGAAGUCACACUGUUCAGGAAUGUCACCCAUCCACAGUGGCUUCCUGUGACGGCGGGAGAGAAGAGCUGCUCCAGUGUCUGGAGGCCAUGUCCGGUGUCAAGAGCCAGAAGCUGAGCAGAUGGCAGCUCCUGUCAUCUCCCAGGCAGAAGAACCCUGCCUGCCAAGAGACAGGGUGCUGCUUGGUCUCCAUCCCACCCUCUGCCUUGGGCUGAGCUGCCUUUCUGCUUCUUGGAGGUUGAAGCUUAUCUGCUUUUAUUCUGUUCUAAGCCACAAACAUGGGAGUAAAGACGGCCAGUACCCGAGGCUGGGAUUGGCUGCUGUCUCGGGUUAGCUUGGCGCUCUCCUGCACGGACUUUGUGAAUCUUCUCCAGGCUCUGGGUAUUUCCCGUUCCAGGGACUGAUUUACAGUGUCUGGGACUGGUCAUAGAUUAUGAAAAUGUCCACAUUCCGUGUCCAGAGCUUUGUAGCCAAAAGGAGGGUUGGGGCAGGUGCCCCGUGUUUCACAAAGGAUCAUGAUGUCAUAUAAGUUGUGAAAGUCUAUUUUCCCUAUAAAUCUAUUUUUCACAGAAUAUAAGAAACAUCUCUGUCCUUUCCACUUGACUCAAGACCCUCACUCCAGAACAAACCUGGUGACUAUUUGUAUAAGAUGCUAUUUUACCACAAGAGACAGUAAUAAAGAUUUUCACAAUA